AGUCCGCUUCCUGGGGUCGGCUACAGGAGAUCGGAUGUAGAGCUCACCAUAAAAUUGCUGUGGACGGGCUUGUUUAAUAUUUCUCUAGCAACGUUUGGCUUCCCUCCUCGAGAGACCACGCCUCCUCCCCGCAGAUUCACAGGGCCCUGAUCCCUCCCCCUCACCGACCCGGCAGCCUAUAACCUACCCGGGUUUCCGCCCAUUCCUCCACAGUUGAUUCUUUAGGAUGGUUUUUGUCAUGCAAAUAAAGGACGCGUAAAAUAUUCCCCCAGAGCGCAGCGCAGGGCAGAGACUCGCGCGGAGGACACAGACCGGGCCACACGGUGGAUUUGUUUCGUUUUCGUCGCUACGGACCCGUCCAUCUGUCACAGACACCCUGGCCACGAGCAGCGACAUAUUAGCCGGGACGUGUAGCCAGGAAUCAGGUCGGACCGCUCAAGGAAACUCUGCGGAGGCUGCCCUGUGGAGAUAGUGGUCAUACUUCCAGUUUCCCCAAGUGAAGUCGGAGCUGUCUCUUCUCCAUCCCCUGCUAUAGGCUACCUGCUGCUGCUACAGAGGGGAAUACGUAUAGAGACCCCUGGAUCGCUUGAGAGUACCCUUUUAUAUUUUAGGGAUUUUAGGAUCUCUCAAAUAUUAACAUUUUUGCACACCAAGUGUGUUAUUUCCUCUUUUGUCCUUUUUUGGGAUAUAUACAGUGAUCUUUUUUUCUGUUCUAGUACUUUAAUGUGCCUUAAUAACUGGUUAUAAUCCAGUGUAAGUGUGGCAUUGUCACCAGACCAGAGACGCUCAACAGGGAGAAGACGAUUAUUAUCAGCUUCAGAGCCCAGGCAGGAUUACUGGUCCCCCCCCCCACCCUCCAGCGAGCUGCAACCAUGAGCCAGGCGGAUGUGUCGACUUGCUCCGCGCCACAGAGGGUUUUCCAGGAGGCGGUGAAGAAGGGCAACACCAAGGAGCUGCACUCUUUGCUGCAGAACAUGACAAACUGCGAGUUCAACGUCAACUCCUUUGGGCCAGAAGGACAGACGGCCCUCCACCAGUCUGUCAUUGACGGCAACCUGGAGCUGGUAAAACUGCUGGUAAAGUUUGGUGCAGAUAUCCGGCUGGCCAACAGGGAAGGGUGGAGCGCUUUACACAUCGCCGCCUUCGGGGGCCACCAAGACAUUGUGCUAUACCUCAUCACCAAGGCCAAGUACUCCUCUGGCGCCCGGUGAUCUGUCUCUGCUGUCAGGUAAAAUAAGAAAAUUAAAAAAAAAAUAACAACAAAAAUAAAACUCCAAUACACGGAAAAGUCAGGCUCUUGUAAAAGCAAAAAAAAAAAAAAAAAAAAAAAAAAAACUGCCAUAAUCUACAUAGUUGUGCCAAAUUAAAAAAAAAGGAAAUAAAAAUAGACCUGCACAAUACUCUUCCCUCAUUGUUAACCAAACGGGGCCCUUUCUGCACUCCUGAGUGAAGCACCGCAUGGUUCAUACACAGCGCUUCAACACGAAUCUUUAACAAAAGAAACGCCAUUUCGGUGAGUUUGUUGGUACUAAAGCUUUCCUCUUGAAUGUGUAUCGUCCACUAUAAAAAAGAAAGAAAGAAAAAAAAGCCAGUGUACCUGUGUAUCACAUGUGUGUGUGUUUGGACUCCAGAGUGCAAAUGGCCCAGUUUCUUUCUAUCCAUGACCUCCCAUUCCCAGAUUACUUUUGAAUAGUUUCUUUGUGUGUGUGUGUGGGG